GAAAAUUAGCGACAAAAAUGAAUGAAAGCAGAAAAACCGAUCAAGAAAAAGACCUUGCAGUAAAAAUUGUUGCUGGCCUGUCGAUAAUUCAUCGUUAGUACGAUGUGUGAGUAGAUUUGAGCUCAUGAUUUCCAUUAUCGAUGCAAUUUCCACCAUAACAAAGUGUUGAGAAAACUUGGAAAAUCAUAGCAGUCGAAGACUUGAUGAAUUCUUGAGGUCUAAUUUCCAGAACGAACAUCGUUGUAAAUAAAAGAGUUCGAAUAAAAAAAUUGAUCUCACGUCGAAAACAUGUGUCGAUUUUAUAUGCUGCAUUUCGUGAUGAAUAACUAAUGAUGAAAAAUAUUGGUAUGAUUCAGGGGAAAAAAAUGUAGACAACGCCUGCGACUUACUUACCUAUAACAAAUCGAUUGUAAUGAUGAAACCGUUGAAACUUUUCUUUUCGAGUUCCAAAAUCGGCGUCGAGAUAUUCGAAUGAAACGCCCGCAACCGCCAUCACGUAGGUCAAUGGUUAAAACCAAUCUGCGUACAGCUUGAAUCAUGGACGCUGAGCUAACCUGUGAUCUGCCUUGGAGCGAAAAUUUCUACAACACGUGCUCGAAGAAAUCCAUAAAGAGUCAGAAUCUUCACACGUUUUGCACAGCUCUGAUGAAGUUUUUGAAGCACGUGUGAAAUUUACGGUCACAUGUACACAAUGGCAGAGAAUAUUGAGAUCAUCGUGGGAACGUACGAACAAUUUUUGCUGGGAUACAGUGUCGAGAGUACCGCAAAAAAAUGCAAAUUGACACGUAGCUUCGCAACCCACAGCCACCAGGCUAGUGUCAGAGAUAUUGCUAGCAGUAAACAUUAUUUAGCAUCUGCUGGUGCCGAUGAUUCCAUUUAUUUAUACAACAUGCGAGACCGAAUAGAGUCUGGCAAAUUAACUCACCACAAUGAUACGGUGAAUGGCAUAGCGUUCACUCCAGACUCAUCUCAUAUCCUGACAUGCAGCUCUGACGGGAGCAUAGGCGCAGUACGUUGCGGUAAUUGGAAAUUAGAGAAACACUGGAAAAGUGCUCACAAAGGUUCUCCGGUUAAUUGUUUAUCCAUACAUCCAACCGGAAAGCUAGCCUUGUCUCUCGGUGGUGAUGGUGCACUUAGGACAUGGAAUUUAGUCAAGGGCAGACAGGCUUAUGCUACAAAUUUAGUACCCAAACUAGGAUUGGAUGCUAAAAAUAUUGCAAUUGUUAAAUGGAGUCCAGAUGGCACAAAGUACCUUAUAGCCACAAACUACAAAGUUAUUUUAUACUCUGUAGAAAACGCUGGAAUUAUAGAUGAAAUUGCAUCUGAACUACGAGUUACUUGUGUCGAGUUUUUGGACGAUAACAUAAUAAUCAUUGGUCACGACGAUGGGCAAAUCAAGUUCCACAAUUUUGAUGGCCCUGCACAAAUUUUAUUGCAAAAGAUACAUGACACUAGAGUGAAAGCGGUAGUUAGUACGAGUGAUAUUAUUGCAACUGCGUCCAGCUCUGGUGAAUUGAAACUUUGGAAGUUUAAAAAAAACAAAUUAAUUCUCCUGGGAGCUGAGAAUUGCGGAGCCAGGAUCACGUGCUUAAUUAUUGUUAAGAACUUGGUUAAACCGGAAGUGAAACAAGAAGAAAUUGUGGUACAGGAUAUCGAAAUCGUUACACCAAAGCGGAAUCCGUUGAGAAUCCGGCAGGAAGUUAUAAUCGAAGAUGAGGACGACGACGAAGAAUCGGUUACUUUGGUCAAAACUACAAAGAAAUUGAAACGAAAAUCCGUAACCGAAACGGUUUCGUCGCCAGGUGGCGAAGAACCAAAUCAUCCAGCUCGAAGUAAGGUCAAAAAAUCAAAGACUCAUGAGAAAGGCGUUUUACCGGUGGGAAAAAAGAAGAAACUUCGUAACGCAGUCGAGAAGCCUGAGCCAAAAGGUUUGAAACGUAAGAACGAUUCUGAACCAGAAAUUAGUAGAACUGCGAUUCCAUUCAAAACUUUGGCAACCAAAAAAAUCAAGAAGAAGAGCAAAGAAGGAGAUCCUGCACCGGGUAAUACGAUAGAUCGAGUGUCGCCUACGAAAAAAAGUAAGAGUCUUACGACGCUAAAGCCUGCAUCUAAAAUAACCAAAAAAAAGGUAAAAAAAUUUGUUCAACAGUAACUAGGCAUUUUAUUUGAUCAAUAAAAUAUCAUUCAUA